UUCAUGAACAGUUGUUGAGCGUUGAUCUCAUAAUGCAAGACUACAAUACAAGUCAUCUGCUGAAUUGUACUUCUGUUCGUUGAGAUUUAUAAUUGCGGUAUAGUGAUUCCAACAGCUACAAGACGUCGGCACCCGAAUUCGAAUCCAUGAAGCAAUCAAGAUAGACCGAACCCAGCGGCACUACCAUGACGGCCACACUCCUUGCGAACGAACUCACAAACCUCAUCGCCGAGGCCAAGAGAAAAAAUUCAGAACUCAAGAAUGCUGCGGAGGACUCAUUAUCGAUCCUCAAGUCUCUUUCGGCAACAUCGGAGCAACAACUUGCCAAUGACUUGAGCCGGCGACCGACCUUUGUUGAGCCUUUUCUCAUUGCUUGCACCACUCGCAACUCGAAGUUCGCUGGAAGUGGGAUCGUCUGUCUACAGCGGCUGGUGAUAUCGAAAGGACUCGCCAAGGCACGCCUCCAGGAUGCUCUUGGGGCCUUCAAUUCCUGUACCGAUCUCGGGCUCGAUGUUCAGCUUAAAAUUCUCCAGGCGUUACCUUCCUUACUGCAGAAUUAUGCCACCGAGCUUGAGGGCGAUUUCCUGAGCAGCGCUUUGCAGGUCUGCUCUGCCUUGCAAGCAGUCAAGGCGGCAACUGUCAGCGGAGUUGCUUCAGCCACACUGCAACAACUCGUCUCAACUGUGUUUGAGAAGGUCGCUUCCGAGGACCGUCAUGCCAGUCGAGUUGCGACUGUUGCCGAAGUGCCUGGCGAUGCCGGGCCGCUCCAACUACGACCGGCAGCUUACGAUGCCUAUCGAUUGCUUCGAGACCUUGCUUUGGCAGCUGAAGAACGUGCUACCAAAUUUGUGACGUUCACAUCCCUAUCACCUGAGUCAAGUCUCGAGCUGAUCUGGUCUUGUAUCGAUGCCAAUGUUGAAUUAUUCGCCCAUCACGACGAGCUGAUUGCUAUCAUCGGCGCGAAUAUAUUCCCGAUCGUUCUUCGUGCUUUAUCGGAACGUCUCACGUUCGCUAUCACCGUGCGCUCAUUGCGAAUACUCAAUCUCCUACUUGAUGGUUUCCUCCAGCAGCUUCCCGGAGAGUGUGAGGUGGCACUCGGUCUGUGCGCGCAAGCACUGGACAUCGAUACCGCUCCGGAGUGGAAACGUGCUAUGGUUAUGGAGAUUCUUCGGGACUUUUUUGACGAUAGCUCUCAUGUCGUCGAUGCUUGGUUGUCGUUUGACACUCGUAAGGGUGGCAAAUCUGUCAUUCAAGAUCUAUUGUCUACCUUCGUACGACUGUCGGCUGAGAAGCCAUCUACGAUCGGGCUCGGCAGUCAAUCGACAGCCCCCGUGGGCGCAACAUCAACACGUGAAUCCAGUGGCGAUCAAUCUGCCACGAUUGAAGCUGCCGGAGGCGUGGUCGGCGUCAUCAGCUCCGCAUUAGGGGUAACAGAAACAAGUGUGUCUGGUAUAAGCACCCUGUGGAGUUUGCCACGGACAUCCUUCCUGGAGCAACUUGACAAGGUAGAAGCAGCCACAGUACCCGAAACCUACGUUUAUGUGUUAGUCUUGGAGUGUUUGAAUGGCCUUUCCGAUUGUUUGGCGCGGAUCAUCUUGCCAUUAACUGUUCACCAUGAGCGGUUACGUUCCAAACAAGCAGGUAAUGGAACAGGUUUCAAUCAAACUUCGGAAACGCAACUUAUUCGAAUUGAAAGAACAAACUCAUUGCGAUCUCAGGCAGUGCCACUCAAUCCCCUGGCCGCUAGCGAUGCUCCCUACACGGAACGAGUCAAAGCUGUUGCGAGUCUUGUUGAAUCCUGCUGGCCAGCAGUUCUGGCAGCAUCUUCGACAUUCCUCAACGCUGCCCUAGACGAUCACCAUUUUCGCAAUCUAAUCAAAGCAUAUCAACGCUUUGCACAAGUGGCUGGUCUUUUGCGCCUCGCGACACCACGGGAUGCUUUGAUGACUACUCUUGCAAAGGCUUCUGUGCCUCCUCAUGUGCUCAAUGCGGUCACCUCUGAGCCCGUCAAAACUCCAAACAGCGAAACUUCACGCAUCUUUUCGAAUCCGAUGAGUCUCCUAAGUGUCGAUAGCCUUGUUUCGCAAUCAUCGUUAUCUUCUGAUCGUGAUCGGGAUCGUGAUCGGCGAAACUUGGCCGAAUCACCGAGGCCCAUGCUCAUGGUACGAAACUUGCUCUGCUUGAGAGCGCUUCUCAACUUAGCGAUCGCACUCGGUCCUACGUUAGAUUCCGCAUUUGGCAUCGUUGUUGAUGCACUGCGACAUACGGACUUGAUCCUGAGCUCUUCUGCGCCUAUACAGUCCAAUCGACAGGGUGGCUCCAAGGCAGCUGACGCUCCUACUACUGUUCAAGCUUUCAGUAAUGAAGUCGCCGCAGUAGAAGCAGCAGCGUCACGAUUACUCGAGAGUACAGCUGACUAUCCAAACGAUGCAUUCAUGAAUGUGCUUCAGACAUUCUGCCAACUCCUACGAAUCCAGAACAACAAUCUGUCCACUCCUCCAUCACCCAACUUGAGUUCUCCAACAGCUUCGCCUGGGCGAGCAAGGAAGUUCUCUACAACGUCGACGUUGAGCGUAUCGCUCGAGUCGCGCACUCAAGACCAUCAAUUUGUCAUUCCCAAACUCGGCAAUCUUGCCAAGUUGAACGUUUCGCGGUUCGUCGAUGAAGACCCCAACGCUAGCGGCUGGAUCGCUAUCGUUGACGAGCUUGUUUCCAUUGCUCGGACUAACAACUCUCCUCGCGAUGCCCGUCGAGCCGCUGCAAAUGUCCUUGCCAAGCUCGCCGAAGAAACAAUAGCCGCUGUCUCGCGAGAGGUGGCCACUGACCGCGCGGAAGUCCAGCAAAGAGCCUUAAUCGUUCUGACUCGGUUGAUAGAUGAGAUAUAUCUGGAGGACGGCGAGCUGACUUCCACCGAUCUCGAUAUACAGAACAUGGUCCUCGAAUCACUAAGAGCUAUUCUAGAGCGCAGUGGAGAAUCGCUUAUCGCAGGGUGGGACCGAAUGAUUGCGAUUAUUGCUGGCGGUGCCUUCGAACGUCAAGAUGGCUUAUUAGAAGCGACGGACGGUCACGACAGUGGAGUUCCCGUGGACUGGCAAAGCCUUUCAAUCGAGCUUGUAUCGCCACAGAUCGGGCGCACUGCAUUUGCUACCACCGAGCUUCUCUGCUCGGACUUCCUCGAUAGCCUUCCGAUAGGCGUCAUGCCGUCGUUGAUCAAUUUGCUGCAACGAUUCAUGUGCCAAAUUGACGACCUCAACACCGCUCUCACAACCAUCACCAUGUCAUGGAAUGUUUCUGACUUUCUCUUCUCAGCGACAACAAAAGACGAUCUGGCCGCAUUCAUCGAGCAAGCAAAAGACUUUGACGAUUUGGAGGAUGAGAUGCGUCCUUUGCUCAAUCAAUCGCGGCCGGCCCAGUGGCUAUUCUUACUUAUUUGCCUCCGAAAUGUAACUGCUCGUCCUCGGCGUGAAGUACGCAAUGCCGCUUUUCAGACCGUCUGCAAUGCCUUCAAGACCUAUGGGCAGGAACUACAGCCUUCAGCUUGGGACAUGCUUCUUCGUUGCACCAUUCUCAACAUUGCUCGCACAGAUUCCUAUACCUACUAUCAUCAGGACAACUCUGAUCAAACAAGUGGAAAUCACAAGCCAAACAAGUCAUCGUCACCUUUAGACAUCGAGAUGUCCAAGGUCAUCAUCACGGGUAAUGCGGACGUUAUCGCUGAGCAUCUUCCUAUCAUCGGUCAGGUUACAAAGCUGCCAAGUUUAUGGGAAGGUUUCCUCAGCAUGCUCGAACGUUAUCUUGACAUCGAGAACCACACUCUUAAUGCAGCCGUAUAUUCUGCUCUCGCGAAAGUCCUCACCAGUGGAGUUGAUUCCAGCGCUGCUGUAUGGAAGGGACCUGUGUUUCGUACUGUGCAUAUGUGGUUGAAGCGCGUACCCACUCAUGAGAUUGCUACAGACGUAGCCGACGAGAAACGGACCAGGGGCGGCGGAAACAACCAAGAAGCUUAUCUUGCAUAUAUACUUGCGGGCUCGGAAGUCUAUGCGCUGACGUGCGACUCGCUCAGCUUUUCGCAAACACGCAUCCUAAUUGAUAAUCUAUACACCUGCGUCGCAGAGUCUGAUGGCCCGCUUCAUCGAGCGGAUGUUGGGGCCAUGAGUCCUGUUCAAGCCAACACGAUUGCAUUGUUGCGCAAGAUCAAGUCAGAUCAGAAUGAAGAGAUUCCUGGGUGCUUGGUCACAGUGGCGGCGAAACUUGCCUGUCUUCAUCAUGAGACUACAGCCUCUGGCUCUGCACAUGCCAAGCCAACAUUUGUCGCCGUUGCGAGUGAAGCUAUCUCAUGGCUUCAGGAGAUCGUCCGCGCCAUCCUGUCAGAUAACGAGCGCACGCCAGACUUCGAGUCCAUUCUGGAAGCAAUCCAAAGUCUCCGCCGCCUGAUCACGACGAAAUACGCAUUUCCACUUGCACAUAAAGCAGUCCCGCUAUGGCAUCGGGCUACUUCGGUGGCUGCAGCACUUGCAAUUCCUAUUCACAAAGCGCUUGAGAAGCAUGAUGUGGAUCAGAGCACUAAAGAAACCCUUCUGAAAGAAUAUAGUACGAUUUUGGAUGGCAUAAUCAACGCGCACGACGUGCACACCGUCACCGAUCAGGAGAAGGUCUGCAAGGAUGAGGAGUUUGACAUUGAGAGUUUGCGGUCCAUUCAAAGCAUUAUGGUUUCUCGGCUGCAAGACACCGAGAUCUCUGCAGAUAUUAGGAGUGCAUACGUCAAAUCCUUAUUCACAGGAUCACUGAUCCAUCGUCGUGAUGAUGAUGGGGAAAUUUUGAAAAUCAAUAACAAAGAGGUCCUUCCUCUUGGCGAAAUGCUGAGCCGGAAACGUCGGGGACGCACGGAGAUCGUGUCCGCCUCCUCACGAGAGGAAAUGGCUUACGUGUGUCUCGAGCAAUUGAUCGCACUAGCUUCUGGCUCAGAAGAUGGUCGCAGUACACCUGGCACAGGAGAAGACAGAGAUCUAUUGGCGUCCGCUGUGGCGCCUCAUCUGAUACUUCGCCUGGCACUGCCAAUUCAGGCGUAUGUUGCUGAUCAACCUUUGCGCGGAAAGCGGCCUCAGCCGUUGUCGGAGCUGGAAGAGUUGUUAAUCUGUCUCGAAGCGAUCGGAAAGCUCCAUCUUCUCCCGGGUGUUCUUGGGAAUGGGAGGGACGGACUUUCUGUAGAAACGACACACGUCACGCUGCUGUACCCACUGCUAAUCAAAGCAAUGAGUACCGCGAGCGAUCCCUGGUCGGGCGCUGCAGAAGUCCGCGUACCUUUGCAGAACUUGUUGGCAAGUUUGUAGAUGCGGUCAUUCAUAGACAGCGCGCUCAAAUAGAAGUAGCAGGCUGAGCAUCGCGAAAAUCGUGCACGAACAGCUGGUUACAAUUCGUCCAGUGCGUCAGUCAAUGUACUCCCAUAUCAAACAUCUAUCUUUCUCGAGCAGAAUUGUGUGACAUGUAUCAGUAAAGGACGAAAUGCUCAUCGCUGCC